AUGCCUGAUCUAUCAUUGUUUUCCUCUCCAGCUCCGUACCAUAUCAUCACAUAUGGCACUCUGCUCGGGACCGAAUUCUUUCAAUCCUUCGUUAGCGGAAUCGUAGCAUUCAAAGCCCUCACCCGGCCCCAAUUCUCCCAACUCCAACAAAAGAUCUUCCCCAUCUACUUCAGCAUCCAAACCGCCCUACCCGUCGUCCUCGCCCUCACAUAUCCCGGAUCUCGCAACCCACUGGGCCCAUCUUCAAGUAUCUCCGGCACACUCGCCGAGUCGAAUAGAUGGAGUGUUCUUGCGCCGCUGGCUACGAUGUUUGUAGGCGGAUUGGUGAAUCUGGUGUAUGUCGGGCCUGCCACGACGAACAUCAUGAGGGAGAGGAAGAUUCAAGAAUCGAAGGAUGGGAAGAAAAGUUAUGAUCCUGCCCCGCAUUCGAAGGAGAUGCAGCAGUUGAAUAAGGCCUUUGGAAAGAUGCAUGGCGUCUCGUCUCUAGUGAACUUGGGGGCGUUAAUUGCUACCAUAUGGUAUGGAUUUUCUCUUGCAGAGAGGAUUCACUAG